CGUAUGUUACUGGAAAUAGCAGUAGGAAGAAAGGGAGCAAAAGAAACACUCUCACAAAGCCGACCUUUUGAACUCCGUGUACCGCAUUUAACAGACUUGAUUUGCCACUUGGCUGAAGAAUGUUGUGGUUUUAUUUUUACUUCCUUUUCCUUGUCUUUUGCUUUUAUGACACUACCGCGUCCCGUUAUAUUUUUACUUCUUAACACGUGCAGAAGGUGGUUUUUUUAACUAUAAACUGUUGAGUAGAAAACGUCCUUAUCGACUUUGGUGCCAGAAAUGCUAUCAGAGUGACAGGGUGAAAAAAUAAGAUAUGUUCGUAUUUUCAGAUCUGGCAAUCACGUGCUGGAAUUUCCCUUGCCAGGGAAAGAUUUCCUAUCUCUUACCAACGUUGAAAUAGAAGCUGAGAAGUGGAAAACAUGUUGGAAACAAUUGAUACACAUCGGGCCCUCCAGGCCAUGGAUCGCUUACAGGCAAAACUUCGGAAUCGAGGUGACAUUGCCAAUGAGGAGAAACUGAGCUUAUUAAAAUCAGUGCUGCAGAGUCCUCUCUUUAAUCAAAUUCUGAACCUUCAGACUUCUGUUCAACAACUGAGAGAUCAGGUAAAUAUUGUGCCCUCCAUACAUUCCCCUGAUGAAUUCCCUCAGCUUCUCCAUCAUGGUGUGAACAUGGGGUCCUUACCACUUAAUGAGUCAUAUUUGUUGGCUCAGCAGAAUGGCAGCCCAGCUAAUGUGCUGGAAGCAUCAAUGAGAUCCAUUACUCCUCAGAUUAAUGGGAAGUCCUCCAGUGAUGACUUUGAGCAGCUGAUCAGAAACAUGUCCCAGGGUCGUCUUGUUGAGACAAUUGAACUUACUAAACCUCUAAGUGGUGGUCUGGGCUUCAGUGUCGUGGGACUCAAGAGUGAAAACAGGGGAGAACUAGGAAUAUUUGUGCAAGAAAUCCAGGAGGGAAGUGUGGCACAUAGAGAUGGAAAGCUGAAGGAAGCAGAUCAAAUCCUUGCUAUUAAUGGACAAGCCCUUGAUCAGACAAUUACACAUCAACAGGCUAUCAGCAUCCUACAGAAAGCAAAAGAUAAUGUCCAGCUAGUUGUGGCCAGGGGCACUUUUCCUCAGCUCAUCAGUCCUGUAGUUUCUCGGUCUCCAUCUGCUGCUAGCACAGUUUCAGCCCAUUCCAACCCGGUUCACUGGCAGCAUGUGGAGACCAUAGAGUUGGUGAAUGAUGGCUCAGGUCUGGGAUUUGGGAUAGUGGGAGGAAAGUCAACUGGAGUGAUUGUAAAAACCAUCCUCCCAGGAGGGGUGGCUGAUCAGCAUGGGAGAUUGUGUAGUGGAGAUCACAUCUUGAAAAUCGGAGAUACAGACCUAGCUGGAAUGAGCAGUGAGCAGGUGGCACAAGUUCUAAGGCAGUGUGGAAAUAGAGUGAAACUGGUAAUUGCAAGGGGUCCUAUUGAGGAGCCACCUCUUCCAGCGGUUCCUCCAGGUACACCAGUACCCACCUCAACACUAGAUAAACAGACAGAUGCUUCUAUUGAUGGCUGUGAAGAUGGGGAGAAAUUUAAUGUUGAACUUACUAAAAACAACCAGGGUUUAGGAAUAACUAUUGCUGGUUACAUUGGAGACAAAACAUCAGAACCUUCUGGUAUCUUUGUGAAAAGCAUUACAAAGGGGAGUGCUGUUGAACAUGAUGGCAGAAUCCAUGUGGGAGAUCAAAUUAUAGUUGUGGAUGGAACAAAUCUUCAGGGGUUUACUAAUCAGCAAGCAGUUGACGUUUUGCGGCACACAGGACAAACGGUUCGGCUCACUUUGAUCAGAAGAGGUCUUAAGCAGGAAAAUCAUAUUCCGCCCCAGGAGGACUUCAAUGCUCCUGUUGAAAAGGACUUACAGUUCCAAACAAAGGAUAGUAGCACAGCCAAAGAUAACAGUGAAACAGAACAGGGAUCCCCGUCAUUGCCAUGCAGGGCAAGUGUGGUAAAUAUUGGAGAUGACAUGAAACAACAGGAGACAGGUUCUCAAGAUUUCCAGCUAACUACUGCAGAAGAAGAAACUACAAAGAUGAAGUGGCAGAGGAUUAUGGGUUCGAAUUAUGAAAUAGUGGUGGCUGUAGUUAACAAAUUUAGUGAAAGCAGUGGGUUAGGGAUAAGCCUUGAAGCUACAGUGGGACAUCAUUUCAUCAGAUCUAUCUUACCGGAGGGGCCAGUUGGACGAAGUGGCAAGCUGUUCAGUGGAGAUGAACUGCUGGAAGUGAAUGAGAUUUCUUUGAUUGGGGAAAACCACAAGGAUGUGGUCAGUAUCUUGAAAGAACUUCCUAUUAAGGUGACAAUGGUGUGCUGUCGUCCAGUAGCUCCCCCUAUCACUCAACCAGAAGUGCUAGAGAGUCUGAGUGUGUCCGAGGUUCAGCUCACGGAAAAGGCUCACAUAGAACUUGGAUUCAUUGGCUCCUCAGACACAGAGGGAACAGCUUUGGAAGCAGCCGAUGAGGGCCAGAGUAUGGAAGAGAUGCAAAGCUCGUCUUUGGCAAUGUGGGAAACAGAAGUACAGAACAUUGAGCUGGAGAAAGGGAGUAUGGGGCUUGGAUUUAGCAUAUUGGACUAUCAGGAUCCUGUUGAUCCAGCAAACACUGUAAUUGUGAUUCGCUCAUUAGUUCCUGGGGGUGUGGCUGAGCAAGAUGGCAGACUUCUUCCUGGAGAUCGGCUUAUGUUUGUCAACGAUAUCAAUUUGGAAAAUGGCAGCCUGGAGGAAGCAGUACAAGCACUGAAAGGAGCCCCAAUGGGAACAGUUAAAAUAGGAGUUGCCAAACCACUACCUCUUUCACCUGAGGAGGGCUAUGUCUCUGCUAAGGAAGAUUGCUUUUUCUACACUGCCCAGUCACUUGAGGAGGAGGGGCCAGCUGAUGCAGCCCUCUUCCAUGCUGAGCUGGCUCUGGUGGACUCCGGAGAGGCAGAUCUGGCAGAUGAGUCCACCUUUGAAUCACAGUAUUCUCUAGAGAGAGACGUCUUCCAGGAUUCAGUGGCAGCUUUGCAUCACAGUGCCUGUAGCGGUGAGGUGAACGACAGCUUCUCUCUUCCAUUAUCAACUUCCAAGUCUGUUGGCGAGGAAUGUGAAAAUACUGCAGCUGAUUUCCAUGUAUCUGACAAGAAUCUGUACAACAUGGAUCUGAAUCAGAGAAUGAAAGAGCAAAAGUCUGUAGUGGGCAGUAGCCUGGAAACUGCAACUGGUUUUACUAAAACGGAUCUCCUGCCUCUGGAUGUUUCGGAUAUCAACCAAAAUGAAAAUGAAAACACAGCAACAUGGACUGGAUCUCAGAUAGCAUCAGAAGUUGCACUAAAUACAAGCCUUGCUACUACCGUGCAACUUGAUCCCCAAGCAAAAGAUCAAUUGCUUUUAAUGGAGAAGAGAUGCCCUGUAUCUUUGGAGGGAAGUUUCACAAUCCCAAAUUCAGUCAAAAACAUGUAUGAGAAGACUAUCACAAUUGCAAAAGGCAACUCAAGUCUAGGGAUGACAGUAAGCUCCAAUAAAGAUGGCUUGGGAAUGAUAGUUCGCAGUGUCAUCCAUGGAGGCUCAAUCAGUCGUGACGGACGGAUUGGUGUGGGGGACUGCAUCCUGUCCAUUAAUGAAGAGUCAACCACAAACUUAACCAAUGCACAGGCCCGGGCUAUGCUGAGGCGGCAUUCACUCAUUGGACCAGAUAUAAAAUCUUCUUCUCCAGCACCUGCUGAUGAUCAGGCCCUCUGUUAUGUUAUUACAUACGUGCCAGCAGAAAAUUUAGACGAGUACAGGGCUGGUUUGGGACAAGAGACAGAGGGAGCCGUACCACCUGAACUUUUUCCUUCACAUAUUGUCAGGGAACUCCCAGAGCUUCCAGAACGUGAAGAGGGGGAGGGAGAAGAAAGUGAACUUCAAAAUGCAGCUUUCAGUAACUGGAACCAGCCCAGAAAGGUUGAACUCUGGAGAGAGCCUAGCAAGUCGUUGGGGAUCAGCAUUGUUGGAGGACGAGGGAUGGGGAGCCGCCUGAGUAAUGGAGAAGUGAUGAGAGGGAUCUUUAUUAAACACAUCCUGGAAGACAGCCCAGCCGGCAAAAAUGGAACUCUGAAAACUGGAGAUCGAAUUGUAGAGGUGGAUGGAAUUGACCUCAGAGAUGCCAGCCAUGAACAAGCUGUGGAAGCCAUACGGAAGGCAGGCAAUCCUGUAGUCUUUAUGGUACAGAGCAUUAUAAGCAGACCAAGGCCAGAGUCUCUUUAUAGCCCUUCUUCAGCUUCUGCUCCCUGUGGGCAGAAAACUACUAACCCAUUUUAUCGUCAGUCAUCUAAGAACUCUUACCUGUCUUUCCCGCAGAAUAAUAUUUUCUGUAGGCCAGGUGUCUUCAGCAGCACUAACCCAUUUGCUGAUUCUUCUCAGCUCAACACCAGCAAGGAGGUAUCGAAUCCAGUUAGGGUUACCUUCCGUUGUUCCCCAACUAACCCUUUUGCUCCCACACCAUUCAAGGCAUUUGGUCAGUCCGAUGCAGAAACAGAAAAGACUUCGCUUUGUAAUUUGCCUCUACCUCCUCCUUCAGCAUUUUCAGGAAUGGGCUGUGAUGUUGCACAGUCAUCCAGAGUGCCAGAAGAUGUGGAGAAGGAGGAUGAGUUUGGUUACAGUUGGAAAAAGAUCAUGCAGCGCUAUGGAAAUCUACCAGGGGAGUUACACAUGAUUGAGCUGGAAAAAGGAAGAACAGGUCUGGGACUUAGUCUUGCUGGUAACAAAGACCGAUCCAGGAUGAGUGUCUUUAUAGUGGGAAUUGAUCCAAAUGGAGCAGCUGGAAAAGAUGGCAGGUUACAGAUUGCAGAUGAGUUGCUAGAGAUAAAUGGGCAAAUACUUUAUGGAAGGACUCAUCAGAAUGCUUCCUCAAUAAUCAAAUGCACACCAUCUAAAGUAAAAGUCAUCUUUGUCAGAAAUAAAGAUGCAGUAAAUCAGAUGGCUGUUUGCCCUGCAAAAGAGGCUUCACAAAGUACCUCAGGGACCCUUCAGCAUCAAGAGACUGAUGCAAGUGUUGCAAACUCUAGUGCUUUUUCUGACUUGAGUUCAUGUAAAAACAUUCAGUAUGUGGAACUCCCUAAGGAUCAAGGAGGCUUUGGCAUUGCCAUUAGUGAAGAAGACACCAUUAAUGGAGUAGUUAUUAAGAGCUUAACAGAUCAUGGUGCAGCAGCAAAGGAUGGACGAAUCAAAGUUGGUGAUCAGAUUCUGGCAGUGGAUGAUGAAAUUGUUGUGGGAUAUCCUGUGGAAAAGUUUAUAAGUCUUCUGAAGACAUCCAAAAGUACAGUGAGGCUUACAAUCAACUCAGUAGAAAUGGAUAACCUGACUGCAGCACCAGUCCCUUCCAGCACUGCCCCAGCAGAGAAGAGGAAUAUGCAGCCCCCAGCAACUGUUCCUGUUUCCAGCUCACCAGAACCAGAAGCAGUCAAAAACACAAGCAGAUCUUCAACUCCAGCCAUGUUAGCCUCUGACCCAGCUACGUGUCCCAUCAUUCCUGGAUGUGAAACAACCAUUGAUAUCUCCAAAGGGCGGACUGGUCUUGGUCUGAGCAUUGUUGGAGGAGCAGACACUUUGCUGGGAGCAAUCAUUAUCCAUGAAGUAUAUGAAGAAGGAGCAGCAUCUAAAGAUGGGAGACUGUGGGCUGGGGAUCAGAUACUAGAGGUGAACGGAAUUGACCUCAGGAAUGCCACACAUGAUGAAGCCAUAAAUGUCCUCCGACAAACUCCCCAAAAAGUUCGUCUAACUGUGUACAGAGAUGAGGCCCAGUACAAGGAGGAAGACAUGUAUGAUGUGCUUAAUAUAGAGCUUCAGAAGAAGCCUGGCAAAGGCCUUGGGCUGAGUAUUGUUGGGAAAAGAAAUGAUACAGGCGUGUUUGUGUCAGACAUCGUUGAAGGAGGAAUAGCAGAUACGGAUGGGAGAUUGAUGCAAGGAGACCAGAUAUUGACAGUGAAUGGAGAAGAUGUACGAAAUGCUAACCAGGAAGCUGUUGCAGCUUUGCUAAAGUGUUCCUUAGGUACAGUAAGACUAGAGGUCGGAAGAAUAAAAGCUGGACCCUUCCACUCUGAGAGGAGAACAUCCCAGAGCAGCCAGGUCAGUGAAGGAAGUGGCAGUCUCUCAUCCUUCAGUUUCCCUGUUUCUGGGUCCAGUGCACCUGAGGUCUUUGAAAGUGGUCUAAAGAAGAAUACCACAGCUUCUGAAAUACAGGGACUAAGAACAGUUGAAAUAAAAAAGAGCCCUGCAGAUUCACUAGGAGUGAGCAUUGCUGGAGGUGUAGGAAGUCCUCUUGGAGAUGUUCCUAUAUUUAUCGCCAUGAUGCACCCAAAUGGAGUUGCCGCUCAGACUCAGAAGCUUAGAGUUGGGGACAGGAUUGUUAGCAUCUGUGGAACAUCUACUGAGGGCAUGACUCAUUCCCAAGCUGUUAAUAUCUUAAAAAAUGCUUCAGGCACUGUUGAGUUGCAGGUCGUAGCUGGAGGAGAAGUGAGUGUCAUAACUGGUCAGCAGCAGGAUCCACCGACAUCCAGUCUCUCAUUUGCGGGACUAACUUCAACUGGCAUUUUUCAGGAUGAUUUAGGACCUCCUCAAUACAAGACUAUUACUCUGGACAGAGGACCGGAUGGCCUUGGCUUUAGUAUUGUGGGCGGCUACGGCAGUCCCCAUGGAGACUUACCCAUUUAUGUGAAGACGGUGUUUGCAAAGGGUGCAGCAGCAGAAGAUGGACGCCUGAAGAGAGGGGAUCAGAUCAUUGCUGUGAAUGGGCAGAGUUUAGAAGGGGUGACUCAUGAGGAAGCAGUUGCUAUUCUGAAAAGGACAAAAGGAACAGUCACUUUGACUGUAUUGUCGUGAACUGGCUGCCUGAAGGGUUAGGGUCAAUAAGACUGUGUUAUUUACUUUCCACAUAGUAAAGAGAAUGGAAGUGUUUGUGUAGUCUUCUUGCUUUUCCAGAUUCACAGGACUGGGUUACAACACUGACAAAAACCAACAUUUAACCAUAUUUCUGUAUACAAUAGAAGUAUUUCUCUUACUGUCAAGUCACUGGGAUGAAGUUAUGUCAGCUAUGGAAAGAGAUGGAUAUUUUUGUAUUAGUACAUAGGCAGGGGAAAAAAAAAAAGAAUGUUUGCAUUAAUAACCACACAACAAAACUGAAAUAUUUUGCUAAGAGACUUUGCAUAUUUGAAUAACGCUGGAAAAGUUACAAAUUCCCCAAGUCAGCAAGGGGGUUGCAUGGGUAGCAGUAGUCAGAAAACAGGAAUAAGGUUACUGAAAAAAGGAAGUAGUAGUAAAAUAGAGACUUGGGGGAUAGAAGGAAAAGUAUGUAAACUGGAGGCUGAUGAUUAAUGGACUUAGAUGGCUAUUUGUAACUAGAUGAUCUUUAAGGUCCUUUCCAACCCAAAUCAUUUUAUGACGAAGUAGAAGGGGCUGGGUGGAUACUUGGAUGGGUUAGUUUGCUUGUCUGUUUAUGUGUUUAAAUUUCCUAAGUCAUGUUGUAUCCCCAAAAAAAGAGAAAACUGUGUUUCAUUUUGGCUUAGGUUUGAGGGUUUUGUUUUUAUGUUUGUGUGUUUAUUUGUUUUAUUGCUUUGUUUGUUUCUUGUUUGUUAGUUUGGGUUUGGGGGUUUUUUACAUGGUUUUUUGGCAGGGAGUUGAGGCAGAGUCUUGUGUGUUUGUUUCAAAAGAAGAGGACUUGUGCUCAGGGCCAAAAAAUUCAGUGCUAGUGGAAACUGUUCCUGGUGAAUGAGAAUGCCCAGCAACUGCAGUAUUAGAAGAACUAGACUUUUAUAAUAAUAGUAUUUUCUAGUCUAUAUGGAUGUGAAAACGACCUUCCCAAUAUGAAAUGUUAGCAAAGGUUGUUCUCUUCCAACAUGAAAGACUAACUGCAGGCUCAGUGCAGACAUUUCUUCAAGCUGCAUGAGUCAGAGCUGUGAAUAGUCUGCUCAGAGCAGUUUACUUAGCUGCUGACAGAUGUCUGGAUAUUUUCUAGGCCAGUGUGGAAGAAGCUGAUGUUACAGUGUUGCUGCCAUUACCAAUAGCAGCAAAGGGAGAGUCCUCCUUGAACUGAGAAGACAUAAAACAAGGAGUAAUGGCUUGAGGAUGGGUAAAGGCCUGAAAAUUCCUCCCAGUGGAGGUGAGUAGUAAGACAUCAGUGAAGGUCUGCAUCAGUAAUAAGCAGAAGAGAUUUGAGGGCCACAACUAUUUUUUUGGGGAUAUUGAUUUUAAAGGCACAAAUGCAAUAUGUGUCUAGUAAGUACAAUGCAACCAUGGGGCUGUUCUUUGUUCAGCAGUGUGGUCAGUAAAUGUAUCACUUUUUCUUCACUAAAACUUUGUGUAAAAAUAGCACUCAAUGAAGCUCUUAGCUGAUUGUAACCUGCCUGCCUUUACCUGCCUUGCUCCUAGGAAUCUCAGAGGUAAAGCACUCUUUGCCCAUGAUUUCUCUUCCUGCAGAAAAAUUUCACUAAGUCUUUUGAGGGAGAAAGAUACCUAGCUAACUAGUAUGCUAAUUAGCAGAAAGAUCCCUUGUGUUAAUUAGCCAAAAAAACAUAGCAAGAAGGGCCACCAUAUCAGUUGUCAUUUAAGAGAAAUCCAAACUGAAAAUGCAGGCAAUGCUCAGGCCAUCAUUAUGGGAGAAUACAAAAGACAUAGCAUUUGUUUAAGUGGGAUCACAAAAACAGUAUUAGAAGUGUCUGUCAAAUAGUAUUAACAAACUGAUAGCUACCUGUAAGUGAAUUAACAAAAAAUCCACCCCUUUGUCUUUUUAACUGCUCUAGAAGUUACACUGUGGUAGGCUAAGAUGGAAGAAACCAGAUGGUACCAUUACUGGAUGCUGCUGUUAUUGAAUUGCUCUUUUAUACUUAUUUCUUGCAUAGUGUGAGAAUUGCCUACAUUAGAAUAUGUAAAGUCACUUUAAAUAGUAUCUAUAUUUGUAACAGAAGUAGUUUACAGCUAUUUUGUUACUGCUUUUGUGUCACAAUGUGGGGUUUAAAUAAAUAAAUUCCAAACUGUCGUGAUAAAGUAAA